AUGUCUUCUAACAACGGAGAAACAAGCGGAGAACUCGUGCCAAGCACCUCUUACCAAGCCUUCAACACACCAGAUUCACAGUCAAUGGUCCCCGGCCUCUCACAAGCUACGAUCAAUGACCUAAUGACUGCAUUUGGUGGUAUGAUGCGUCAAGAAAUGCAGAGAUUUGAGCAGAGAUUAGAGAGAAUCGAACAGUUUUUGGGCCCCGCACUAUACCAAAAUCCUACUUCAUCUCCCAAUCCUACUCCGCCUCUCAAUUCGACUCCGGAUCCCAAUGCGACUCCGCUUCCCAGCAUUGAAAUACCACAGCAGAAACUCUCUCACACGAACGACUCGUCCUACCAUACAAACUUAGGCGACUUACGAGCGGAGGAGAUGGGAUACUUCGAUCUGCAACAGGCAAAUGUGGAGAAAACUGCGGAGAAAUUUACGGAGAAAACUGCGGAGAAGAAUAAGAACACGGCUCAGCUCUCCAAGAUCCCACGUCAUAUACUCUCCACGAUCCCACGUCAGAUCGCCACUCAGCAAGCGGAGAACGACACUACAAUUUGGCCUGCUAUCUCUGCAUGCCUAGGCAAUAUCACAUUAGUGUGGCACAUCACUGGAAUGAGCAAACAAGAGAAGGAUCUACUGCGACGAUCACAGCCAAAUUACUACGAUAAGGAGGCGAAUCAGGAGCAUCAUGGCCGGUAA